CCGCUGCCGGGGAUGGCAUCCGCGGCGUGCGCCGAGAAGUGCGCACGCGCACUGACCCCGGCGGGCCCUAGCAACCAGAGCAGUGACAGUAGCAACCGCCGGAAUGGCAAAAGCAACAACAAUCAAAGAAGCCCUAGCCAGAUGGGAAGAGAAAACUGGUCAGAGGCCAUCUGAAGCCAAAGAAAUAAAGCUUUAUGCCCAGAUUCCCCCUAUAGAGAAGAUGGAUGCAUCAUUGUCCACACUUGGUAAUUGCGAGAAGCUUUCACUGUCUACAAACUGCAUUGAAAAAAUUGCCAACCUGAAUGGCUUAAAAAACUUGAGGAUAUUAUCUUUAGGAAGAAACAACAUAAAGAACUUAAAUGGACUGGAAGCAGUAGGGGACACGUUAGAAGAACUGUGGAUCUCCUACAAUUUUAUUGAGAAAUUGAAAGGGAUUCAUGUAAUGAAGAAAUUGAAGAUUCUCUACAUGUCUAAUAACCUGGUGAAAGACUGGGCUGAAUUUGUGAAGCUGGCAGAUCUGCCGUGCCUGGAAGACCUGGUGUUUGUAGGUAAUCCCUUGGAAGAGAAACAUUCUGCUGAGAACAACUGGAUUGAAGAGGCAACCAAGAGAGUGCCCAAACUGAAAAAGCUGGAUGGUACUCCAGUAAUUAAAGAGGAUGAGGAAGAAGAAAACUAAUUCUACAUUUUCCACUUUGUGUUAACUUAUUUAAGUGUCAUAAGAACAAUAGAUAAGUUUUAUAUAAUUGUCUAUUUUAAAGAUUCUGUGUGGGGCAAAAGGUUCUUAAGAUAAAACAAAUCUCUAAUUCCCAUCUUUUCUUUUCUUAAUCUACUCAGCGUUUUUCUCCCUAAAACUGGUAACACCAACUUUAUACAUUCUAGUCCUCUUUUUAGAAACUACAAAUUUUCUAUUUUUGUCUUCAGUCCCAGUUAUGUACUGUGUGGCCCCCUUCACUUUUAACAACAAAGUAACAAAUGUUCUUUAUUCAAUUUGUUUGGCUUUUUUAGGUUAGGCAUUUUAAAAGAUACACUUUUGAAUGUGUAGAACAUCUUUCCUGAAGGUCCAUCUCCUUACAACUCAGAAGCACAAGUAUAGCAUGCCUUUGGUUGAGAAGGCAGCAUGGUGAUGGGAAGAGUUCCUCUUAGAAAUAUAGCAGCCCUUGAACCAAGACUCCAAAGUCCAGUUGGAACAGCUACGGUGAAAAUGGAAAAAUUAGUACCUUGGAGGCCUUCUAGCUCAUAUUAUAUUUACUUAUUUGUUUUUCCAAAAAUGUGCACAUUACCAGCUGGAAUUUAGGUUGUGUUUACAUGCAUGGCCACUUGAGUCAUUGUGUACAGUCAGUCAUUCUGUGAUCCAAGUCAAUGGUUAAAGUGACUCUUACAAUCAUUCCUUUGACCAAUAAUGUGGCCAUGUUACUCAAGUGGACCUGGCUUUAAGCAUACUUUUUGGUUUAUAGUUCCUUAUAUGUUAAAAGCAGUUGUUAUAUUUGAAUUCCUAGCCUAAAUGUUGAUCAUUGAUAUAUAUCAAAAUUUACCCUAAUGAUUUGGUCUGGUGACCCUCAUUGCUGGAAAAAGUGAAUGUUAUGAUUAUAAGGGUAUAGACUUAAGGAUUGAAUUUGGUACUUUUCAAUAAAUGAAACUUAGUAUUUCAAAAUAUAUUUUUUGAGAAGUUCUAAGUUAAACAGCUCUUAAAAUGUAUUAUGUAAGUGAUUGUGGAGGGAAGAGAGAAGAGAUAUUUCAUUAUGGGAUCCCAGGCAAAAGGCAAUAUGUUUGAGGAUUGCCUCCUACAUGGAGCACUGGAGGUGACUUAACCUCAAAAUUGCAAAGCAAUAGUUAGAUGCAGAGAGUAGAAUUUAUCACGUAAAAAAAAAAUUAUUUCUGGAGAAUGCAAGGCAUUGUGGUCAGUAACCAGAUGAAGUCCAUAGGAAGCCAUGGCUGAAUCACUAAUAGAUUGCAGAAAGUAAAUUAGGGGCCCUCAGCCAAAUUGUGCCUAAAGUCCCUCAACCAGAGAUUACUGGUUCUUGUUUUUCCACCUACUUGUGUGAUUUUACUUGCAUAAAAUGACAGUGAAAGAGGGGAGAAUCAUUUUUUUUAAAAGUGAUUGCAUAAGUAGUCCUGGGUUUUAGGAGUUUUCAGCUAUCAAUUAAGUAGAAAUUACUUGAUUUUUCUGAGUCACUCUGAUCAAAAGGGACCACUGCUUUGACAAUCAACUCUAAAUACAGAUAAGAGGCAAAUUAAGUCUAACACUUUUUUAGCUUCCUUUUAUCUCAUCCUUUCAAUCUGUUAGGAAGAAACCUUUACUCUACUUGACUAGGAUAUACAUUCAAAGCCUUUGGGCAUUUCUUUUGUGAACCAUAGGCAAGGAGCCUUCAUUCUCCAUGAUGAUGUUUAAGGCCUAUAAUCUGAGAGGGAAGACGAUCAUCCUUACUUAUAUUUUGUACUUCUUCCAGUAGGCAAGCUUGAAGCGAUAUUGUUAUCUACGGGGGUAUGUUUUCUAAAAGGUACCUGGAAAUGAGUAUAAUAAGUAAUGGAUGACUUCAUAUUAAAUUUAUUUGUAAAAUGGCUUACAGUUUUGGUGUUUGUUUUUCUGCAUUCUAUAAUAUAGAAACGAAUUUUCACUUUUUCUCCUUGUUUCUUAAAUUCUUUUAAUUACUAGUAGUUCUCAGAGAAAUGUAAGAUACUUUUCCUCUGAAAUCUUUCCUUGAACUAUCCUUUAUUGCUGCAAAUUGAGCUGAUAUUAAAUGCCUUUGUUUGACUCUUGGAUUACAUAUUUGACCUACUUAGAAUGGAUUCUCUCUAUGCUUCUGGUUUAAAGCAUUAAGCCAUUUUAAUGGAUCAUUUAAAUUUCUUCUAUUCUUGUAACUAAUUGUAGAGCUCUGGAAUCAGUCUAGUAUUUUAAUUUUUCACAGCAAAUUUGAUUCUAGUCUACCAAGGAAUUUAACUUUUCUAUUUUCUAACUCUAAGCUUAUGGCCAUAUUAUCUAGCCAGGCCUUGAAAAGUUUUUGUGUUCUCUGUUAAUAGGAACUUGUUCCUUUAAAUCAGAGGUUUUGGCACCAUUAACAUUUCUGGCUGGAUAAUUCAUUGUUGUGCGGGGCUGACCUCUGUACUAUAGGAUAUUUAGCAGCAUGCUGGGCUUCUACCCACUAAAUUUCAGGAGAACCUCCUCCCCAGUUAUGACAACAAAAGAUAUCUCCAGACAUUGCCAUCUGUCCCCUGGGGCAGGAGGAUGGGAACAAAUUCUCCCCUGGUUAAGAACUAGCGCUUUUUACACCAACAUUCCUUUUGUCCAGGGUCCAUUUGUUUUCACUGUGUAGCCAUGUGCCACUUGAGUUGUUGUAUGAGAGAAGGUGAUGUAUUUAGUAAUGAUGGAUACAAGGAAAUGGCCACUGGUGUUUCCCUUUUUUCUAAUGUUCAUUUUCAUAAUUUUCAAAUAAUGUUAGAAACUCAGGGCUGAAAGGUUCAACUUACCUUUUUUCAGCAGGGUCUCAACUUUUAUUUCUUAACAUUCUUGCUUAUCUUAGGAUAGUAAUUAUUAACCUACCUCUCUGUUACUAUCAACAGAAUCCAACUUUAUGACAGAUUUUAUUUUGUCUCUAAAAUUCAAUAUUUUGAGUGUACUUUAGAAAAUGGAUCAUCAUUCUUUGUUAUUCAUUGUCUAUAAUGCACAGAUUUUGCAGACUGUGGAAGUGAUUAAAUACAAAAAAAAUUGUAUAAAAUGUGAUAAUCAUAUAGGAAAGUUAGCUGGUGUCAACAUCAAUUUUGGGUAUGAUCAGAAGAAUGCUCAUAGUAACUGGUCAAUAACUUGGUAUAGUUACUGGAUCCAUUCUACAUAUAGAGGUGACACAAGGCACUUAAAUAUGGCUCCUGUGUGGAAAGAGAAAUUUUAACUUGAAUAAGUUCUUCUUCUGACACCUUUUACUAGUGGUCUAAAGCAGAAUAAGGAGGAAUGAGAAAUGAAUCUUGAUUGUAGGUAGACUUAUUCUCAGAAUUGGUGAUGUGUAAUAGAGUUGGCAUCUUGUACCUGAUUUUUUCUUAGGGCUAAAUGGAAAAGAGUAAGGCUCACAAAGGUUAGAGUUGAUCAUUGACUUAAAAGCAUUAGGGGGAAUUCUCAAAGCAUUCAUCCUGACUAGCUAAUGUCUCUGACUACAGUCAGACCAUCAGUUCACUGAGACCUUAUACAUUGUAAGUGUUGGUAAAGGGAGAAGAAUGCUAAAACGUAUGUUAUACUUUACCAGAAGUUCAUUCCUUUGGCACACAUCUGGGCUGUUUAAUGUGUCUGUAAAUAACAAAAUAUAAAAACAAGGUUUAGGUUAGCAGAGUUGGUGCUUCUUCUGACAUAGCUAACUUGGCUGUACUCCUUUAUCUUUGCUUUAGUAUGUAUCAUAUCAUUUUCUUUUUGUAAAACCAUAAAAUAGGUGAAAUUUUAGAAAUUAAGGGUUAUAUUUAAAAAUAACUGAACUUUUAGAAAUACUAUAUCUAUAUCUCUAUUCCUGCCUUUUUAUAAAUCAGUGACUGUAAAGGAAGAAAAAUAAAAGGAAAAACUAGACUAAAUCUUACCUUUCUCUGACCUAAGAUAAAUAGGUAAAACUUUUCACUCAAUAUUUGGGGAAGUCAUAACUGGAUUCUAGUUAAUUUCCCAUAUUGGGCAGGUUCAAGGGGAACCAGCAAACCAAAUGAUGAUCUAGCAAAUUUAACAAGGGGGUAGGGGAGAGUAAACUAUUUUUCAGUAGAUUUGCACUUUAAUAUUAUGAACUGGAUGUUGGUGGAAAGUACUUCCAAAGGGCAAAUGGGUAAAUACCUAGCCUGCACAUGGAUGUUAGAGAAUCAGACCUCACCCUUGCUUGUUCUAAGCCCACAUUAGCAGAUGCUGUCUGUUGGCAUAAUCAGAGUCAGGAUUUUCCUUUUUCCCUACGAGGGUCAUCUUCUAUGUCUGCUAAAUCCAAGAUCAUCCUUCUGGGGGAUGUAUCAAGUAGUUCAUCCUACUCAGAAAUUUGUGAGUUAUCUUACCCACAUCUAGAUUUUAAAAUUAAGUGUUAGCUAAGUUAAGUUGUGGCUAACGUUUUAUAGGUGGGAAACUCUUUGCUUCUUUCAUCAGUAGGGUACCUGCCUCUGAGAUGCUAUUGCCUAGAGGGAUCAUCCCAUCAAAAGACCAGGGAGUUGGAAGCUGAAGAGAAUAUACUUACAGUCAGGUACUUCUCCCAGGUUGGCAGUUAUGAUCACAAGCAUCAUUCCAGAAUCUUUGGCUUCUAUUAAUAAAACCAACUCCAUUCUGAAGAACAUUUUAAUGUCUAUUAAUACUUUGGUAAUAAUCUUUUAUAUACAGGAAUUUUGUAGCAUGACUUUAUGACUAAUCUUAUUGUGUUAAAUUAUUUAGAAAUGUUGUGUUUCUGAAUGUUAUUUUGUGAGAUUUGUUUUAAAAUGGUAAUAAAUUGUGUUCUUUU